CGUUAAGUAAAAUAAUAUAAUAACUUAUGAUGAUCAAACUGUAAACUGUAUAUGGACAUAUAUGAAAUGUAUUGAAAUAUGAAUACGAAUUACUCCUAGUCCUUUAACCUUCGUAUUUUUUACGUUUCAUGGUUCAUGGGUUUUUAUAUAUAUGAAUAUGACAGUGCGUGACGGACUGAUGUUAAGAUUUUUUUUGUUGAAGCAACACUAAAGUAACAUAAAUGAUAUUAUUAUUUAUGAAAAUACGUUUUACAACUUUGAAUAAUUCAUUAGAUUCACGUAAAGUUGCAUCUAGUACUGACCCAUAGUUCAAACCAUUAAAUAGUUCAAUGGUUAAAAAAAUGGACGAAAAAGCAAUAGAGUUAAAAUUAUAUAGUAUUUGUACAGAUGUGGAGUCUGCAUACGAAAGAAUUAAAACGUACAUUUAUAAGACACCAUUGACGAUUUCUAGAGAGCUAAGUUAUGACACUGGAGCUAAAGUUUACCUGAAACUUGAGAGCGAACAAGUUACUGGAUCAUUCAAGAUACGCGGAGCAUUGAAUAAAAUCCUUCUUCUGAAAGAAUUGGAACCUGAAAGACUUGCGAAUGGUAUAGUGACAGCGUCGUCCGGUAACCAUGGAAUAGCUUGUAUGCACUCUGGUGAAAUAUUCGGACAUUCUGUAGAGGUGUAUGGUCCAGAAACUAUGUCGAAAACUAAGAUAGAAACUUUGUUAACGUCGUUUGGAGCUAGAUUUAUCCUUUAUGGUCAAAACUGUGUGGAAGCGGAGAUGAAAGCUCGAAAAUCAGCGCAGGAAAGAGACAAGGUAUAUGUUUCCCCAUACAAUGACUGGGACGUAAUGACAGGAUCAGGGACUGUUGGCUACGAAAUUUAUUCCGAACAACCAGAUAUUGAUUAUGUACUUGUGUCAGUUGGUGGUGGUGGACUUCUUGGUGGAGUGGCUGCUUAUCUAAAGAUGAAAAAUAGUAAGAUUCGGGUAAUUGGCUGUCAACCGAAAAAUUCUAAAGUAAUGUAUGAAUCUGUGAAAGUAGGAUACAUAAAAGAUGACGAGCCAUCUGUUGAUACUCUGUCAGAUGGAACCGCAGGUGAUGUAGAAGAUGGAUCGGUGACGUUUCCCGUGUGCGCCAGGUUUGCAGACGACUGGAUUCUAGUUGACGAACAACAGAUUUCUGAUGCUAUAUUCUUUAUGCUAGAUAAACACCAUAAAUUGAUUGAAGGUGCUGCUGGUGUUGUUAUUGCAGCUUUACAAAGUAACAAAGAACGAUUUAAAGACAAAAAUGUAGCUUUGGUUAUAUGCGGAGGGAAUAUUUGUGCCAAAACAAUAAAAUCAGUACUAGACAGUCAUUUAUAACGCAUACAUUAUAGGUGAAAGUCCUAAGUGUAACUGUUUCUUAGCAGAUUAUAUACAAAAUAUUCCAUGAAAAUAUAUACUGUAGCUCAUUAUUC